AUGGCUACUGUUGACAGCUCCAACAGUACUUCUUCAUCUCCGCCGGCACCACCCUCAUCCUCAACUUCGCCAUCGCCCACCUCAUCUAAUUCAUCACCGCCACCGCCAUCUGCACCUGCGUCGCCACCCCCGCCUGAACAGGAUGACUCCUCAUCGGAAUCUGAAUCCGAAUCUGCACCGGCUCCAGAUGUCUCCUCCUCGCCGGAGUCAUCGUCGCCGCCGCCGCCGCCCCCAAGUAAAUCUGGGUCACCUUCUUCCAUGAAAUCACCUUCUCCACCGUCCUCCGGGGAGGACGGCAAAGACGACUCCUCCGGUUCUUCUUUGGUCCCUCCGUCGUCGUCCAGCGGGAGUCCGUCGAAACAUGAUUCCCCAACAUCGGCUCUCCCCAAGUCAAAAUCAUCGUCAAGCAAAUCGGAUUCGUCUUCUUCAGACAGCGGGACCUCUGUGGCCGAGAAAGCCACCAUUGCGGGAGUGGCCGCCGGAGCAGUGCUGCUGCUCGUUGUCAUGAUACUCUUGGUGUUCUGCUGCUGCUGUAGAAAGAAGAAGAGAAAGGGACAACAUAUGCACUACUACAACGAGCGUCCUCCUCGUCCAAACAAAACUAAUGGCUAUUACAACAACGAGCAAUAUGGGAACUGGAAUACACAAGGGAACGGCAAGGACGGCCCCUACAAUGUACCUCCCCCGCCCGGGCCCGGCGGCUACAUGUCAACAGACCAAUGGCAGUCCAUACCUUCCCCGCCACCGCCGGCGAUGAUGAGCGGCGAGAUGAGUUCGACUGGCUUCUCGGGGGCGCACCACGCACCGAUGCCGCCACCGCACCCAUCCGUGGCACUGGUGGGGUUCAACAAGAGCACAUUCAUGUAUGAGGACCUAGCGGCGGCGACCAGAGGGUUUGCGAGGGAGAACUUGCUGGGGCAAGGCGGAUUCGGGUACGUGCACAAAGGGGUGCUACCCAGUGGGAAAGAAAUCGCCGUGAAGAGCCUGAAAGCGGGCAGUGGGCAAGGUGAGAGGGAGUUUCAGGCGGAGGUGGAGAUCAUCAGUCGUGUCCACCAUCGCCACCUGGUAUCGCUUGAGGGUUACUGCAUUCUGGAUUCUCAGAGAAUGCUGGUUUAUGAAUUUGUUCCUAACAACACCCUUGAGCAUCAUCUCCAUGGGAAGGGCCACGCGAUCAUGGACUUCCAAACUAGGCUCAAGAUCGCGUUGGGAUCGGCUAAAGGGUUUGCUUACCUCCACGAAGAUUGCCACCCUCGCAUUAUCCAUAGAGACAUCAAAGCUGCAAAUAUUCUUCUUGAUGAACACUUCGAAGCCAAGGUCGCAGAUUUCGGGUUGGCCAAGCUUUCCAAUGACAACCACACUCAUGUUUCAACACGUAUUAUGGGAACUUUCGGGUACUUGGCACCGGAAUACGCAUCGAGUGGCAAGCUCACAGAGAAAUCCGAUGUUUACUCCUUCGGCAUUGUGCUCCUGGAACUGAUCACCGGAAAGCGUCCCGUCGACAUCCACAGCGACGACGACAGCUUAGUUGACUGGGCCAGGCCGAUUCUAAACCAAGUAGCUGAUGGCGGUAGCUUUGACGAGCUGGUGGAUCCAACUCUAGAGGGCAACUACAAUCCUCAGGAGAUGCUGCGCAUGGUGGCCUCCGCCGCCGCUUGCAUUCGCCAUUCCGCCCGGCGACGCCCCAAGAUGAGUCAGAUUGUACGGGCGCUGGAAGGCGACGCGUCGCUGGAGGACUUGAACGAGGGUAUGAAAACUGGCAGCAACUCAGUCUUCGGGUCAACCGGCAGCUUCGUCGACGGUUCUUACGGCGGCGUGGAAGCGAAGAGGGUUAGGAAUAAGAGCAUGAUGUCGAGCCAGGAAUUCACCAGCAGCGAGCACGCCGUCACCGGAGAGUUCCUGGCCAAUCCUUCCCCUCGCAGCUAG